CUGCCACUUCCACCUUUGCGGGGGCUCUGACGCCCGCCUCCAGAUCACCUGCAGGUGUGAGCGCAAACCUAGCACACGUGCCAGACGCUAUUUAAGGGUCCGCCUGUCAGUGGCGGCUCGUAAUUGCCGGCUGCUCCACUCAGUGUCCGCCAGCUGUCUCAGGCUCGCGGGUCCCAGAACGCCUCCGGCAAAAAGGCAUGGGCGCCAGGAUUCCGCUCUGUUUUUUCUGGGCUGUCGUCGUUCAGGGGGUCUUCGGUGUCUUGGAAGGGCCUUUUUGUGAGCCUCUUCCUCCUAUCAGCAAUGGUCGAAGGAGUGAACAUUCUAGACCAGUCAGUCUGCACACUGUAGUGAAAUACUCUUGUAUGUUCCCUUUCCGCCUCAUUGGAGAAAAAACCCUUGCUUGUGUAAGAGAAGACAAUAAGGCAGUCUGGAAUAAAGCUCCUCCUGUGUGUGAAUAUUACAAUAAACGUGUCAUAUGCCCUGAUCCCAAAGUGCCUGGAGGAUACAUAAUACAAGGAACCAAGCCACCAUAUAUACACGGUGAUUCUGUGACAUUUACCUGUAAAGGCAACCUCACUAUGAAAGGAAGCAAAUCUGUUUGGUGUCAACAAAAUAAAGAGUGGGGCCCAACGCCACUGCCAAAGUGUGAGAGCGAUAUUCCUAUAGACUGUCCACCACUGCCCAUGAUCCCCAACGGACAUCACACAGGGGAGAAUGCUGGCCCCAUUGCCUCAGGAUCAUCUGUGACUUACAGCUGUGAGCCCGGUUACUUGCUUGUUGGAGACAAGACCAUUGACUGUUUGUCUUCGGGAGAAUGGAGUGCUGAUACUCCCAAAUGUAAAGAGGCACGAUGUGAACCUCCCCGAGGGUUACGCAAUGGUUAUAUCAAACAGCCUCCAAGCCUUCUGGCCGGUGCGAUUGUGAACAUUUCUUGCAAUGAAGGGUAUCGAUUAAAAGGCUCGCCAUAUAGUCAGUGUGUGAUUGCUGGACAGCAAGCUGUUUGGACCAAGAUGCCAGUAUGCGAAGAAGUUUUUUGCCCAAAGCCUCCUCCUAUUCUCAAUGGAAGACACUCCGGCAGCUUUUCAGCCACCGUUCGGUAUGGAACCACGGUCACUUACACUUGUGACCCAGGCCCAGAGAAAGGAGUGAACUUCAUCCUGACUGGGGAGCCCACCAUCCGUUGCACCACUGAUAGUCAUGAUACUGGAACUUGGAGUGGCCCUGCCCCACGCUGUGUGCUUGAUACUGCCACCAUCCAGUGUCCAUUUCCAGAAGUUUCAAGAGGCCAAAUGUUAACUGUGCAGAAAGACCAAUUUUCCUAUAAUGAUACUGUGGUGUUUGCUUGCAUAUCUGACUUCACCUUGAAGGGCAGCCCACGAGUCCGCUGCAAUGCCCAGGGCACAUGGGAGCCACCGAUACCAGUCUGUGAAAAGGAAUGCCCACCCCCUCCUAAAAUCCUUCAUGGGCAUAGUGAAUAUAAGCGCUUGGCCCGCUUUGACCCUGGAACAUCUAUAAAAUACAACUGUGAUCCCGGCUAUGAGCUAGUGGGAAAAGAAUCCAUCCACUGCACACCUGUAGGGGAGUGGACACCCAGUGCUCCCCAGUGUAAAGUGGCAAAAUGUGAACCUAUUGGACAGCAACUCUUUAAAAAGCCCCAGAGUAUGAUUAUUAUACCAGAUGUUGACUCUUCUUGUGAUGAAGGGUACCGGCUAAGUGAGAGCGUCUAUCAGAAGUGUCAAGGUAAAAUUCCUUGGUUUAUGGAAAUUCGUCUUUGUAAAGAGAUCACCUGCCCUCCACCUCCUGCCAUCGACAAUGGGAGGCACACAGGGAGUCUCUCAGGAGAUAUUCCAUAUGGAACCACGGUCACGUAUACAUGUAACCCUGGGCCUGAGGCAGGAAUACAAUUUGACCUCAUUGGGGAGCCCACCAUUCGCUGCACAAGUGAUGAUCAAAAGAGAGGCACCUGGACUGGCCCUGCUCCUCUCUGCCGCCUGUCCAUCCCUGAUAUCCAGUGUUCGCACAUCAGUGUGGCAAAUGCGCACAUGAUAUCUGGCAAGGAAGCCCCGUAUUCCUACAAUGACACUGUGACAUUUCAGUGUCAAACUGGAUUUACAAUGAAGGGCAGUGGGCAGAUUCGUUGCAAAGCUAAUAACGUUUGGGAUCCUGAAAUACCAGUUUGUGAAAAAGGUAAAAACUCCAAUGAGGGGAAGACAGGGUUGGGUCUUUUCUUCCCCCACAGGUGGCAUACAGGUGGAAACAUGGUCCUCUUUGAGAUGACUGUAGACUACACUGCUGACCCUGGUUACUUGCUUGUGGGAAACAAAUCCAUUCACUGUAUGCUUUUGGGAAGUAGGAGUCCUUCUGUCCCAUGGGAGGCAUGCCAGCCCAUGAGAGAUAUUCAACAGCUUCCAGAUGAUGCACUUGUGGAACUAGUUAACACGUCCUGUCAACAGGGGUACCAUUUGGCUGGGCACACUUACCAGAAAUGUCAGGAUGUUGAGAAUGGAGUCUGGUUCCAAAAGAUCCCCCUCUGUGAAGUGAUUCUCUGUCCACCUCCACCUGAGAUUAUGAACGGGAAAUACACCAGCAGGAAGACAAAACAAUUUCACUAUGGCGAUGAAGUGUCUUAUCAAUGUUACGAAGGCUUCAAUCUUCUGGGCCAGAAAACUUUGCAGUGCAACAGUAAUCCUGAAGGACAGGGGUCCUGGAGCAGCCCUGCCCCACAGUGCCUCCACGAUCCUCAUUGUCCCGACCCAGAAGUCAGAAAUGGAUACAAACUCAGUAAAAUUGUCUCUAAAUAUUACAAUGGUGACACAGUAAGCAUUGCCUGCAAUCCUGGCUUCAUCCUGAAUGGCAGUCACUUGCUUACGUGUCAUACUAACACUUGGGUCCCAGGCAUACCAGCUUGUAUUAAGAAGGCUUCCUUAGGAUGUCAGCCUGCAUCUAAAAUCCUCAAUGGGAAUCAUAAUGGUGAAAAUAUAACUCGAUUUCCCCCGGGAAAAUCAAUCACAUACAGCUGUGACCAAGGUUACCUGCUGGUGGGAGAGGCGCACCUUCUUUGCACCCAUGAAGGAACAUGGAGCCACCCUGUCCCAUAUUGUAAAGAAGUAAACUGUAGCUUCCCAGAGGACACAGAUGGAAUCCAGAAGGGGGUGGAGUCUGGGAAGAUGUAUCAAUAUGGAGCCAUUGUAAGUCCGAAGUGUAAAGAUGGGUAUACCCUGGAAGGCAGUCCUCAGAGCCAGUGCCAAGACGAUCACCAGUGGAACCCUCCCCUAGCUGUUUGCAGAUCCUACGCAGUUGCUCCACGUGUUCCUCUUCUUGGUGGUAUUAUUGCAGGCUCCAUGUUUCUUAUCUUCUUGAUUAGUGUUGCCUUAUUCAUGAUAUCAAAACACAGAGAACGCAAUUAUUACACAAACAAAAACCCUCAAGACGCAGCUGCUCAUUUAGAAAACCAAGAAGCAUAUCCUGUUGAUCCAUACAACCCAGCAAGCCGCUUGGAGAGCAUGGGAGCCGCUUCCGCGCGGAGCCCUUCACCUCAUCCGUCCUGCUGCAGCGGAGGAGCCCUUUUGGCGGCUGCGGUGCUGCUGCUGGCGCUGCCGGCGACCUGGGGUCAAUGUGAGACCCCACAGUGGCUUCCCUUCGCCAGGCCUACAAGUCCAAUGGAUGCCUCUGAGUUUCCCAUUGGGACAUCUCUGAAGUAUGAAUGCCGUCCUGGUUAUAUUAAAAGGCAGUUCCUUAUCACCUGUGAAGAAAACUUGGUCUGGACAGGCGCAGAAGGCAAAUGUCAACGAAAAUCAUGUGAAAAUCCUCCAGAUCCUAAGAAUGGCAUGGUGCAUGUCAUCACAGACAUCAAAUAUGGGUCCAGAAUUAAUUAUUCUUGUAAUGAAGGAUAUCGCCUCAUUGGUUCCUCCUCAGCAGAAUGCCUUCUGUCAGAUAAUGGUGUCUCCUGGGAUACUAAAAUGCCCAUCUGUGAGAGAAUUCUUUGUUCACCACCCCCAGCCAUUGCCAAUGGAAACUUCCAGAAUGUUAACAACGAAGAUUUUCAAUAUGGAAUGGUAGUGACCUAUCGCUGCAACACUAACAAAGAAGGAGAAAGCAAGUUUGAACUCAUCGGGCAGCCCUCAAUAUAUUGCACCAGCCAGGAUGACCAGGUUGGCACCUGGAGCGGCCCCCCUCCUCAGUGCAUUGUACCUAAUAAAUGCACACCUCCAGACGUGGAAAAUGCAGUCAUGGUAUCGGAGCACAAGAGCUUGUUCUCCUUAAAUGAAAUUGUGGAAUUGAAAUGUCAGCCUGGCUUUGUCAUGCAAGGACCCAGUAAAGUGCGGUGCCAGGCCCUAAACAAGUGGGAGCCGGAGCUGCCACUCUGCACCAUUGUGUGUCAACCACCUCCAAAAAUCCUGCAUGGUGAACACACCCAAAGCAACAAGGACAUGUUUUCCCCUGGGCAGGAAGUGAUCUACAGCUGUGAGCCUGGCUAUGACCUCAGAGGAGCUGCUGCCCUGCACUGCACACCACAGGGAACCUGGAGCCCCAUAGCCCCUAUAUGUGCAGUAAAAUCCUGUGAUGAUUUCCUGGAUCAACUCCCUAAUGGUCGUGUGCUACUUCCAUUUAAUCUGCAGCUUGGAGCCAAAGUGUCCUUUGUUUGUGGGGAAGGGUUCAGACUAAGGGGCAGUUCUUCCAGUCAUUGUGUCUUAGUUGGGAUGGAAAGCCAUUGGAAUAGCAGUGUUCCUGUGUGUGAGCAAAUCUUUUGUCCAAGUCCUCCAGCCAUCCUUAACGGGAGACACACAGGAAAACCUUCAGAACUCUUUCCCUUUGGAAAAGCAGUAACUUACACAUGUGACCCCCACCCCGACAAAGGGCUGACCCUCGUCCUCAUUGGCGAGAGCACCAUCUACUGCGUGAAUGACAGUCAAGGAAAUGGGGUUUGGAGCAGUCCUGCCCCUCGCUGUGAACUUCCAGGUCACUGUAAAGCCCCGGACCAUUUUCAAUUUGCUGAGUUGAAAACCCAAACCAAUGAAUUUGAGUUUCCCGUUGGGACUUUUUUAAACUACGAGUGUCGCCCUGGGUACAUGGGGAAGUCGUUCGCCAUCAGGUGUUUAGAAAACCUGACCUGGUCACAGCCCGAAGAUGCCUGCAAACGAAAAUCAUGUGAAAAUCCUCCAGAACCUUUGAAUGGCAUGGUGCAUGUCAUUACAGACAUCAAAUAUGGGUCCAGAAUUAAUUAUACUUGCAAUAAAGGGUACCGACUCCUUGGUCACGCAUCUAAUGAAUGUGUUCUCUCAGGCAAGACUGUCAAGUGGGAGACAAAGCCACCAAUCUGUGAAAGUAUUCCUUGUUCACCACCCCCAGCCAUUGCUAAUGGAAACUUCCAGAAUGUUAACAACGAAGAUUUUCAGUAUGGAAUGGUAGUGACCUAUCGCUGCAACACUAACAAAGAAGGAGAAAGCAAGUUUGAACUCAUCGGGCAGCCCUCAAUAUAUUGCACCAGCCAGGAUGACCAGGUUGGCACCUGGAGCGGCCCCCCUCCUCAGUGCAUUGUACCUAAUAAAUGCGCACCUCCAGACGUGGAAAAUGCAGUCAUGGUAUCGGAGCACAAGAGCUUGUUCUCCUUAAAUGAAAUUGUGGAAUUGAAAUGUCAGCCUGGCUUUGUCAUGCAAGGACCCAGCAAGGUGCAGUGCCAGGCCCUAAACAAGUGGGAGCCGGAGCUGCCACUCUGCUCCAGGGUGUGUCAGUUGCCUCCAGAAAUCCUGCAUGGUACACGCACUCCAAACAACAACAAUGCUUUUUUCCCUGGGCAGGAAGUGAUCUACAGCUGUGAGCCUGGCUAUGACCUCAGAGGAACUGCUGCCCUGCGUUGCAACCCCCAGGGAGACUGGGACCCUGCAGCCCCAACAUGUGCCGUUAAAUCAUGUGAUCAUUUCCUGGACCAACUCCCUAAUGGCCAUGUGUUACUGCCACUGAAUCUGCAGCUUGGGGCAACAGUGUCUUUUGUUUGUGAUGAAGGGUUCCAUUUAAAGGGCAGUUCUGUCAGUCAUUGUGUCUUGCUAGGAACAAGAAGCCUUUGGAACAGCAGUGUACCAGUGUGUGAACAAAUCUUUUGUGCAAAUCCUCCAGCUAUCCUUAAUGGGAAACACACAGGACCUCCACUGGGAGAUAUUCCCUAUGGAAAAGAAAUAUCUUAUACAUGUGACUCCCACCCUGACAGAUGGACAGCCUUCAAGCUCAUUGGGAAUAGCACCAUCCGCUGCACGAGUGACAGUCAAGGAAACGGGAUUUGGAGCAGUCCUGCUCCUCGCUGUGAACUUCAUGUGUCUGCUGGUCACUGUAAAGUCCCAGAACAGUUCCCAUUUGCCAGUGCUACACCUCCACUUGAUGAGUCUGAAUUUCCAGUUGGGACACUCUUGACUUAUGAAUGCCACCCUGGGUACUGGGGGAAUGCCUUCUCUAUCACCUGCCUUGAAAACUUGCUCUGGUCAAGUGCAGAGGACAACUGUACACGAAAAUCAUGUGGAACUCCUCCAACACCCUUUAAUGGAAUGGUACAUAUAAACACAGAUACCAAAUUUGGAUCCAUUGUCAACUAUUCUUGUAAUGAAGGGUAUCGCCUCGUUGGUUCCCCAUCAGCUGCUUGUCUCCUGUCAGGCAGUAAUGUGAAAUGGGAUAAGGAGGCUCCUGUCUGUGAGGUUAUAUCUUGUGAGCCGCCUUCAGCCAUAUCCAAUGGAACAUUCUACAGCAACAGUCAAACAUUUUUUCCCUAUGGGGUGGUGGUGACUUACCAGUGUCACACUGGGCCAGGUGGAGAAAAUGUGUUUGACCUCAUGGGAGAACCAUCAAUACAUUGUACCAGCAGAGAUGGUAACCUUGGUAUCUGGAGCAGCCCUCCUCCUCAAUGUAUUGCUACUAAUAAGUGCACGGCUCCACACAUUGAAAAUGGAAUCAGAGUCACAGGAAAUAGGAGUUUAUUUUUGCUCAACGAGAUUGUGAGAUUUACAUGUCAGCCUGGCUUUGUCAUGAAAGGCUCUGAUACCGUGCAGUGCCGCACCAACAACAGAUGGGGACCUGAGCUGCCUCGCUGCUCCAGGGUGACAUCAUGUGAUGACUUCCUGGACCAACUCCCCAAUGGCCAUGUGUUUGUUCCACUAAAUCUCCAGCUUGGGGCACAAGUGACCUUCAUUUGUGAUGAAGGGUUCCGAUUAAGGGGCAGCUCUGCCAGUCACUGUGUCAUGGUUGGAAUGAAAUACCUUUGGAACAGCAGUGUUCCUGUAUGUGAACAAAUCUUUUGUGCAAAUCCUCCAGCUAUCCUUAAUGGGAAACACACAGGACCUCCACUGGGAGAUAUUCCCUAUGGAAAAGAAAUAUCUUACACAUGUGACUCCUACCCCAAUGGAUGGACAACCUUCAAACUCAUUGGGAAUAGCACCAUCCACUGCAUGAGUGACAGUCAAGGAAAUGGGAUUUGGAGCAGUCCUGCCCCUCGCUGUGAACUUCAUGUGUCUGCUGCAUGCCCAGCUCCACCGAAGAUCCAAGGUGGGCGCCACAGUGGAAGAUAUGAAGCCCCUUUUCUCCCUGGAAUGAUAGUCAGCUACACCUGUGACCCUGGCUACUUAUUGGUGGGAAAGGACUUCAUUUUCUGUACAGACCAAGGAACUUGGAGCCAACUGGAUCAUUACUGCAAAGAAGUGAAAUGCAGCCUCCCACAGCUUAUGGAUGGUAUCCGGAAAGAGCUGAAAAUGAGACAAAUCUAUCACUAUAAAGAGAACGUAACUUUGGAGUGUGAAGAUGGUUAUGUUCUAGAAGGCAGUCCCUGGAGUCAGUGCCAGGCGGAUGACAGAUGGGACCCUCCUCUGGCCAUAUGUACAGCGCGCCAACAUUAUGCUGUCAUACUUGGCAUGUCUUUUGGUGCGGUCAUAUUUCUUUUAUCCAUCAUUGUUCUCUGUGGGAUGAUUCUAAAACACAAAAUUGGCUAUAAUACAGAUGAAAAAUUGGAAGAAGUGAGAAUCCACUUACAUCCUCAAGAAGGCAGCUGUGCUCAUCCUCAAACUCUGCUAUCACAACACGAGCAUAGCAGCCCAGCUCAGAAUUCCCUCAUCCAAGAAGCUCUGCUCAACAAUUCCAGUCCAAAAUGAUAUUUCUUUGAAUCUCAUUGUUUUCUGACUGCACUAUUUUUAAAUGUUUUUAAGAAUCAUAUGUGCUCAUUAUUGAAAAGGGAGAUACA